GCUGUUAAAGUGUUGCAGCUGCUGCAUAGUUGUGACAUCAGGUUUGCUUCGAGGUGAGCUCGUCAUACGUCAUGUCCCCAGUUACGUCAUCCAACAUCAACCUCCGGCACCAGAAAUAUAAAACUCACCAUCAAGCCAAGCAUCUACAUAAUAACCAUCUAAAACACGAAUCCUCAUCUAAAAUCCAUCAAAAUGUCAAAACUUGUUGAUGACGUCAAAUCAGGCCUAAAAGGCAUCCGCGGCGCCGGCGACGCUCUACGAGGCGAAGUCCUCGACGCAACAGAUCAAGCCUUCGACAACAACCCGCGACACCCCGAAACUGUUAAAGACCACGUCAAUAACAGAACCAUCGCUGAGAAGGGAAAGCAAGAUAUGCACGGCGCUGAUAAUGCUAUUGCUCGUCGGGAAUGGGAGCACAAGGGCGUUGAACCACCUGCGCAUGUUGGACGGCGAGAGAAUGAGAAGCCGUUAGCGACGCAGACGGAGCCUCUUUCCAGAACGGCGGCGCAUGAUAGACCUAAUGAGGGGUUGAGUAGGGAGCCGGAGAUGGGGCAUUUUGGGAGUAGAGGAACAGAGGGGGGUGUUGUGAAGGAGCCUGAUUCGAAUCUACCGAGGUAUGCUUGAUUUUAAUGCUCAGACAAAGCCUUCGCCACCACACAUGUUAUUUAGCUAUACCCACUUAGAGAG